AUGGCUAUCUUACUUCAAACCGUGAUUGCUCUUCUCGGCCUGGCUUCCAUCUUCCUAUGUGACCUCGCCAGUGGUCUAUCUCUCACUGUUUCGAGCAAUGAGGGAAAUGCCUCCAGUCCACUGCUGUAUGGUUUCAUGUUUGAGGACAUCAACCACUCGGGUGACGGGGGUAUCCACGCCCAAUUAUUGAGAAACAACGGGUUCCAAGGAGAGAACGCAACAUUAACUGCUUACAGCGCCGUUGGUGGCGCGACUCUGGCCGUAGAUUCUGACAAUCCACUCUCACAGGCUAUUCAAAGGUCAUUGAAAGUUUCAGUUGCUGAAGGUGCCACUGGACAAGUCGGCUUCUCUAAUGAAGGGUACUGGGGCAUACAGGUGAACCAGGCCAGAUACACUACAGCCUUCUACAUGAAAGGCCAGUAUGAAGGCGACGUCACAGUCAAGCUUGUCGGAACGUCCGACGGUACGGAGUAUGGCUCGCGGACCGUUUCAGUAAGGAGCAAUUCCUCUGCAUACUCGCUGAUCGAGACCUCCAUCGACGCCAACCAAGCCCCAGACGGCAACAAUCUCUGGAUUAUCACCUUUGAUGCGGCGAAGGUGGCCGGAGGAGCCUUGAGCUUUGAUCUCAUUCAACUGUAUCCGCCAACAUUCCGCAACAGGUACAACGGACUGAAGCCGUUCCUUGCAGAGCCGUUGGAUGCCAUUAAGGGCUCUUUCUUGCGCUUCCCGGGCGGGAACAACCUGGAAGGCUCAUCCGAGAACACGCGGUGGAAAUGGAAUGAGACAAUCGGCCCACUCAAGGACCGUCCAGGUCGACAGGGGGACUGGACUUAUCCCAAUACUGAUGCUCUGGGACUGCUCGAGUACUUUUACUGGUGCCAGGACAUGAAUCUGACGCCUAUUUUGGUCGUUUGGGCCGGCUUCAGCCUGAACUCAGGCGGAAACACUCCGAUCACUGGUCCAGCUCUGGAGCCAUAUAUCGACGACGUCAUGCGCGAGCUUGAAUACAUCCUUGGAGAUACCACUACAGAAUACGGAGCAUUGCGCGCUUCACAUGGUCAAGCGGAGCCGCUCCCUCUUCCCUUCGUGGAGAUCGGCAACGAGGACAACCUCGGCGGGGGCAACCUGACAUACCCUGAACGCUUCAUGGCCUUCUAUGACAGGAUCCAUGCCGCUUACCCGGACAUUACCAUCAUCACCAGCCACGCUGAGGUGGAGAACCUUCCGGACCCUAGACCUGCCGGCAUUUGGAUGGACUUCCACACUUAUGCUGAACCUGAUCAGCUCGUCGCCAACUUCACUCAAUUUGACAAUGUUGAUAGGGCGUUUCCGUACUUCGUGGGUGAAUACGCUGUCAUUGACGACGCAGCGGGAGAGAGGCUUGAGUAUCCCAACAUGCAGGCUGCUGUUGCCGAGAGCGUCUAUGCCAUUGGUAUGGAGCGCAACUCGGACGUAGUCAAGAUGGCAGCAUAUGCGCCUCUGCUGCAGCAUCUGAACGAUUACCAGUGGACUCCUAACCUCAUCUCCUUCAACAAUGAUCCAGACGGUCUGGUUCUGUCGACCAGCUAUUACGUGCAGCAGAUGUUCUCCGUCAACCGCGGUCAUACCAUUCUGCCCGUCACAGCUGAUAGCGCUUUCGGACCCCUUUACUGGGUUGCGUCAAAAUCAGACGAUGGCUACCUUAUCAAGAUGUCGAAUUACGGCGGCGCCUCGCACGAUAUCUCUGUCGCUUUUCCACAGCCCUGCAGUGGCAUCUUGACUAUGCUUACCGGAGAUCAGAAUGCUCAGAACACCAACCUGACUACCAGUGUCACGCCCACAAUCUCUGACAUAAUGUCGGCUGACGGAAACCUUCACUUCAUCAUGCCUGGUUGGUCAGUGGUCAUUCUGGACGCAUCACCCUUGUGA